UCAAUCACUCAUGUCUCAUGUUAUUGCUUUCCCUGUUGAUCUAAGGAAUCUUAAAAAUUAAUUUUCGCGAAUAAGCAAAUAGUAUAGCUGUAAAAUGACGAAGCGGUCUAACCCAUUUAUCGAGGACUUCGUGCAGCAGAGCAAAGUCCACGUCGGAAUGAAACAAUUCAACAACAACGAAGACCGACUUCAGAAAGUGUACGAGAAAACCCUAGAACUACUGUUCCGUGGUGCCAAGAUGCCCACAAAGAGCGUUGAGGUGCCAAUAGAGAAUGAAUGCAGAAAGGAUGGUUUUAAGCAGUUGUUCCUUGGGAAAAAUGGCCAUCUCCAGCAGACUGGUGCUGUGACAAAGCCCAUCACCCAGAAGUGUCCGUGCGGGGCUGUGUCGGAGGAUCGCUGCUCAUAUUGUGAGAAGGAGCUCUGCGGGGCCUGCCAGCAUCCCUGCGAGCGCUGCCAACUCCGCUAUUGCAACCACUGCUGUCUGACAGGAUCUGAAGGCACGGAGAUAUGUGUGUCCUGUUAUAGUUAAUUUAUUUGUUUGUUUUAGAUUUGAUUUAUAACUGAAGAUACGUUUGAUGUUUAAUAUUUUAUUUUGUUACCGCACAUAUGAUUAGAAGAGACGAAAAUAUUUUAAGUUCAAUUAAUAUUAAGAUGUUUAAUAAAGAAGGUUGUGUCUUGGCCGAUAUACAAGCAAAGGGUUAAUGACAGAGUGUCUAUGUCCACCUAAUUAACGUGGGGAAAUGACUAUUUGAAGAGCCGAUGAUUAUUUAGUUUAAUUAGUGACUUUCAAUGAGCAUGCCUCCAUUAUGGCAUAGAAUAAUAAGUAAGUUUUGAGUGCUCACUCCAUACAUCAGUUUUCUUACUUAAUAAGGUAUCGUCUUGGGUCGUCCCAUUCGUUUUUCGUCAAGUUCUUAAAUUAGUCCUAUUCUGCUUUCGUCACUCAUUCUACAUUGAAAGCCACCGACGAUUGUGACGAAUGUAGAAUGAGUGACGAAAGCAGAAUAGGACUAAUUUAAGAACUUGACGAAAAGCGAAUGGGACGACCCAAGACGAUACCAUAAUAAUAUGAAUCAAAGAAGUUGAUGAUGAUGACUAUUUUUAACAUUCGGGUAGUUUAGCAAAAUAAACAACAGAUACUUGUAACUAUUUUUUUAUUUAUAUAAAAUUUAUAACAAAUUGACGAACAAGAACUGGAUGCUAGAUAAAGAUGACACACAAAUUAAAGUUAAUGCAUGUGACUUUUAAAUACAUACUUUCUAUUAUUACAAAUUUUGUUUUAUUUUCGGAACAUCCUGGAUGAUACAAACUAUCCAUAAACAAAAGUUGGGUGCCAUUCAUUUAUUACGUAAGACGAUUUAGGGGGGAGGGCGGUCGACCCUAUACAGUCUUUACUAUAAGGGCACACGGGGCCCGGCCCGUGCCAUAAUAAAUAGAAGCCCAUAGUAGAAAAACUUUAAUUCACUUAAUUCGCUUUGCAUUCCAAAAGGGCCCUAAAUUCUUGAGUGACCGAGGGCCCCAGCAUAGUUUAAGACGGCCUUGUAGAGGGGUGUACUGCCAUCUCGCCGAAAUAUUUUUCGCCUAAUUUCACUUCCCAACCAACAUAUUGCAGUACUUUUAGUUGGCAAACCAAUGCUUAGCAUAUUAUUAUUUAGCAUAAUUUUUAUUUGAUUACAAUUUUAUUUAGCAGAUGUUCAUUUUACCACGAUUUAUUUAGAAAAAUAGUCACUAAGCAAAUGUUUUAUUAUACCUAACCAUUUAUUGUUAAAAUAACGUUUGCCCAAAUUGAAACUUCGCAUACUUUUUAUUUGAUGACAUUUAUAUUUAGCAUUUUUUUUGUGACCCGUAAAACGAAACUGCUCCUAGAGAUAGGUAGGUUAUGGUUAUUUUUUUUAUGACCCUAGAAACGAAACUGCUCCCAGAGAUAGGUAGGUUAUGGUUUUUUUUAUGACCCGUAAAACGAAACUGCUCCCAGAGAUAGGUAGGUUAGGGUAUUUUUUUUUAUGACCCGUAAAACGAAACUGCUCCCAGAGAUAGGUAGGUUAGGGUUUUUUUUAUGACCCGUAAAACGAAACUGCUCCCAGAGAAAGGUAGGUUAUGGUUAUUUUUUUAUGACCCUAGAAACGAAACUGCUCCCAGAGAUAGGUAGGUUAUGGUUUUUUUUAUGACCCAUAAAACGAAACUGCUCCCAGAUGAGUCCCAGAUAUAGGUAGGUUAGUGUUAUUUUUUUUAUGACCCUAAAAACGAAACUGCUCCGAGAGAUAGGUAGGUUGUGGUUAUUUUUUUUAUGACCCGUAAAACGAAACUGCUCCCAGAUAUAGGUAGGUUAGGGUUAUUUUUUUUAUGACCCGUAAAACGAAAAUGCUCCCAGAGAUAGGUAGGUUAUGGUUAUUUUUUUAUGACCUUAAAAACGAAACUGCUCCCAGAGAUAGGUAGGUUGGGGUUAUUUUUUUUAUGACCCGUAAAACGAAACUGCUCACAGAGAUAGGUAGGUUAUGGUUAUUUUUUUAUGACCCUAAAAACGAAACUGCUCCCAGAGAUAGGUAGGUUAGGAUUAUUUUUUUUUAUGACCCGUAAAACGAAACUGCUCCCAGAUAUAGGUAGGUUAGGGUUAUUUUUUAUGACCCUAAAAACGAAACUGCUCCUAGAGAUAGGUAGGUUAUUCACAAUAUUAGGCGAAAAAUAAUUAAUGCCUAUCAAUAUAUUCGACAUAACAAUAAGAGACUUUUUGAAACAUGACUAACUAAAUAUUUUGCCAUACAAUAAUAUUGUAAAUAAUCAUUUGCGACAUGUUAUAUAUGCGAAACAUUGGUUUGCCAUCUGAUAGUUUUGCCAAAUGAUACUAUGGAAAAAAUAGUUUGGGAAGUGAUAAUUUGCCAUACAAUUUUCGGCCACAUAUUAGUAAACCUAGAGGAUAUUAAGUACAGAUGUAGUGCAUAAUUGUUUUCCAUCGUAUUUGUCAUGCUAGUUCAGCCAACGUAAGUAUUUUUUGUUCCGAGACUGACUUAAAUAGCAAGACGCGUUCGUACGUUGCCCGCGUUGGCCGCGUUGCCGUGACAAUACGAUUACCUAUGCACUACAUCUGUACUACAUAGUACCUAUUAGGAUGGUAGGACGCUAUAGUUCGUUUUUUUUAGCAUUAGAAAUAAGGUAAACAAUCUUGACGAGUCUUUUAAGGCGCUCUUAUACUCGAGUUUUACGUAUUCAAGGGGGUGAAGCAGACGCGUGGUAGAACGGGCAGGCGGGCGCCCCGCGCGGCGCACCGCACCAUUCCCGCGCAGCACGUCUACGUCCUUAUUCUGACGACAUCGGUAUUCUGAAUUGUCAGUUCCGGGAUUUUUAGUUCGGCAAUUAAUAUUGAAUAAGAUUUAUUAGUAAAUUCGAAUUUUGAUGAGUACUUAAUAGGGUGUUUCAUUUUUCCGAAUUUUCGAUUUUCAUCUGACUUUGCUCGAAUUCUUGUUCCAACUGAUAAAAAAAUAUUAUACGUUAAAAAAAAUUAAAAUCGGUCAACAUUUAGAGGUUGCACAACUUCAACAAAAAUUUUUCAAAUAACCAACGACUCUUCUACAUCGGAGUCUGUAAAUAUGGUGACAAAAAAGUGCAUUUUACUACACACCGCGCCUUAAUUGAAAAACACAUUUUAAAAAUAAGUUACGGCAUAUAUGUAACAAUUAUGAAUCUAAUACGAUCAUUUAUAUUCUUCUGCUUUCAUAAGUAAUAGUUACUGAGAUCGCUUACCUUCUUUCAAGUUCUUUCUAAUGCUAAAAAAAACGAACUAUAGUGAGCCGGGUACUCAUUUGCGAGCCGUAACCGUAACAUGCGUGAUACAGUAACGAGGUUCUAAUGUGUACGCGUGUUACAGUUUCGGCUCGCGACGUCGCCGGAACGCUGUCACCGAGCGUACUCAUUUUGCGAGCUGUAACUGUAACCAAACAGAUACAGUACGAGGUUCUAGUGAGUACGCAUGUUACAGUUUCGGCUCGCGACUUCGCCGGAACGCUUUCACCGAGCGUACUCAUUUUGCGAGCUGUAACUGUAACCAAACAGAUACAGUACGAGGUUCUAGUGUGUACGAGAAGGCCACUGACAAGCCGGAUCUGAUCCGCAGUUUUGGUUUGUAACUCCACGAUGAAGUAUUUCUCGCUUGUGCAGCAUACAUACUAGAUGCCUACUCAUAAACGGCCACGAUGAUGGGGGAUUCAUAGAAUGUAUCGGGAAAGAAGAUCCAUAGAAUACUUAGUAUACUACAUAGUACACUAUUUUCCCUGUAGGCAUCUAUCAACAAAAUACAUUUAUCUUCUGACCAUUCACUCAUGACGAAGAAAUACUCGAAUAAUAUAGUUGGUUCGCAGUGGCAACAACUGAUCUUGACGUCCUCGAGCGCACUGCGAGCGCCCUUUGGUUCGCGGCAAAAACCGACAAUCGUCGGAUCGCUGCGAGUCGCUCGUGUAGCGUUCGUUGCAGGCUCGCGAACCACGUACACACUAUGUUUUUGGUAAAAGUCACAGUUACAGUAACGUGCAACGUUACGGGUUCAGAAAUGAGUACGUUGUAAACGUCGGAUCGCUGCCAGCCGCUCGCCUACCGUUCGCAGCAGGUUUGCGAACCACGUCCACACUAUGUUUUUGGUAACAGUAACGGUUACAGUUACGUAUUCAGAAAUGAGUACGUUGUAAACGUCGGAUCGCUGCGAGCCGCUCGCGUACCGCUCGCAGCAGGUUUACGAACCACGUACACACUAUGUUUUUUGGUUACAGUACAUGCAACGGUUACGGUUACAGCUCGCUAAUGAGUACCCGGCUUUACGGUUACGGCUCGCUAAUGAGUACCCGGCACACUAUAGUUCGUUUUUUUAGCAUUAGAGAGAACUUGAAAGAAGGUAAGCGAUCUUGACAUGUCUUUUAAUUGAAAAACGCGUUUUAAAAAUCAUUAACUAUUACUUAUGAAAGCAGAAGAAUAUAAAUGAUCGUAUUAGAUUCAUAAUUGUUACAUAUAUGCCGUAACUUAUUUUUAAAAUGUGUUUUUCAAUUAAAAGACACAUCAAGAUUGUUUACCUUAUUUCUAAUGCUU